UGAAGAAUGGCUGAGGUGGUGGGGAGGGCAGGGUCUCGGGGAGCGUAGGAAGGGCGGGGACCCGGAUGUGUGUGGUGGCGGCGGCCGAAGAGCUAGUGUGCGGAGCUGAGAGGCCUAUGGAUGAGGAGGACGCGGCGGCCCCGCUUUGUUCUCAUGAACAAGAUGGAUGACCUCAACCUGCACUACCGGUUUCUGAAUUGGCGCCGGCGGAUCCGGGAGAUUCGGGAGGUCCGGGCUUUCCGAUAUCAGGAGAGGUUCAAGCACAUUCUUGUAGAUGGAGACACUUUGAGUUACCAUGGAAACUCUGGUGAAGUUGGCUGCUACGUGGCUUCUCGACCCCUGACCAAGGACAGCAAUUAUUUUGAGGUGUCUAUUGUGGACAGUGGGGUCCGGGGCACCAUUGCUGUGGGGCUGGUCCCUCAGUACUACAGCUUGGAUCACCAGCCUGGCUGGUUGCCUGACUCUGUAGCCUACCAUGCUGAUGAUGGCAAGCUGUACAAUGGCCGAGCCAAGGGCCGCCAGUUUGGAUCAAAGUGCAACUCUGGAGACCGAAUUGGCUGUGGCAUUGAGCCUGUGUCCUUUGAUGUGCAGACUGCUCAGAUCUUCUUCACCAAAAAUGGGAAGCAGGUGGGCUCCACCAUCAUGCCCAUGUCCCCAGAUGGGCUGUUCCCUGCAGUGGGCAUGCAUUCCCUGGGUGAGGAAGUGCGGCUGCACCUCAAUGCUGAGCUGGGCCGUGAGGACGACAGUGUCAUGAUGGUGGACAGUUACGAGGAUGAAUGGGGCCGGCUGCAUGAUGUCAGAGUCUGUGGAACUCUACUGGAGUACUUGGGCAAGGGCAAGAGCAUUGUUGACGUGGGUCUGGCCCAGGCCCGGCACCCACUGAGCACCCGUAGCCACUACUUCGAGGUGGAGAUCGUGGACCCAGGAGAGAAGUGCUACAUCGCCUUGGGGCUGGCCCGCAAGGAUUAUCCCAAGAACAGACACCCUGGCUGGAGCAGAGGGUCUGUGGCUUAUCAUGCAGAUGAUGGGAAGAUCUUCCAUGGCAGUGGCGUGGGGGACCCCUUUGGCCCACGCUGUUACAAAGGGGAUAUAAUGGGCUGUGGAAUCAUGUUCCCUCGAGACUACAUUCUGGACAGUGAGGGUGACAGUGAUGACAGUUGUGACACAGUGAUCCUGUCCCCGACUGCCCGAGCUGUCCGGAAUGUCCGGAAUGUCAUGUAUCUGCACCAGGAAGGGGAAGAGGAAGAGGAGGAAGAGGAGGAGGAAGAAGAUGGGGAAGAGAUUGAGCAGGAGCAUGAGGGCAAGAAGGUGGUGGUUUUCUUCACUCGGAAUGGCAAGAUCAUUGGGAAGAAGGAUGCAGUUGUACCUUCUGGGGGCUUCUUCCCUACCAUUGGAAUGCUGAGCUGUGGAGAGAAAGUCAAAGUGGAUCUGCAUCCCUUGAGUGGCUAGGGGCUUCUCCCCUAGACCUGCUCCUUCUCCCUCUCCUCACCCUUGCAGAGCCAGGUACCCAGUUCCUGACUUCCCUGAGGAUUUGUUUACCUGGUAGGCCCCGGAGGGGAGGGGUGCAUAGUCACUCUGCCCCUGCCAGAUCAGGUCCCUGCCAAGCUCCUCUGUGCCCAUGUUUCUGACCUGGUGCCACCUCUCUUAUCAGUUCCUGGGCCCAAGUUCCUGGUUGGACAGGAUCAGGCCCAAAGAAUGGUGUUGCUCAGUGGUGGGUCUCAUUGCUUUGGCCAGUGGGCUCCUACAUUCACCUUUGCCCACUGGCCCAUGUGAGUGGAGAGGAGUGAGCACCCUGUCUCAGCUGCUAUUUGGGCAUGAGGCUUUGCAGAGUGGAGUAGAGACAACCCCUCCCUGUUUACUGCAGUAUUUUUCCUUGUAUUUUCUCUUUUUGUUCUCUGUUCCAUCAUGUAAACCAGUUGCUGCUGUCAUCCCCCCUGGCUGGGCUAGGGGGGCUCUUUUUGCCCCUGUCUCUCCUUCGACUGACUGCUAUCCCAGUAAGACUACUCUAGGGUCUCUGUUUUGUCCUCUGAGAGCCAGCUUUCUCCCUGACUACCUGUUCGGCCUCUGUAGUCCCACAGAGAAUCUGAGUCUCUGGCUCCCCACAGCUAUACACACAGGUGGGUGCCCAUUACAUGUUUGAUGGAGUAAGAGAGGGGCUGUCUGGUGGGGGACUAGGGCCUUUGCUCCCAUCUGCCCCUUGCCAUCCUCUGUUCACCUGUGGUACCCUUGUCCCUAGUUUCCUGGGCUGCAGGCUGAGAUUCCAUAGCAUGUCUCUCCUGCCAUGGUGAGGGUAAGACCCCAGAGGGAGCCCAGAAGGCAGCUUGGCCCCUUAGUGCCCUUCUCUGCUCCACCCCUGCCUCUGUGCCCAGCUUGCUGCCUGUGCCAGUUGCUUCAGUGUUUGACUCUAGCAUUUACAUGUGUGCCCCUGCACCAAACCCUCCUGUCUCAUAUCCCCUUGACCCCCAAACCCCUCUACAUACAGUGACUUCUGGGAGGAAGAGGGAGCAGGAGCUGUUGGCCUUGGUUUGCACAGAGUGGUAGGACUUUGGGGAAAGGGGGUGAGCUGUUGUGCUGCUGGGGUCUCCCCUUUGGCCCUCCCUUCAGGCCCUGCACUAUGAUGUAUGAAAUGUAUGUACAGACCACAGAUGUUUAUACAGCCAAUAAAGAUGGAGUUUCCAUAUUUAUCAGCA